CUUAUGAAACUCUAGUUGAGACCACUGCCAAGAAGGGCUUGCUCACCCUGCUUUAACGGCAGUGGGAAUCUCCCUGUCCUUUUCAGGGGUAAGCCAAAGAACGGAUUCAUAAACGAACCCCAAUCCUUCUCACCAACCCCAGCCCACACCUCCCAGCAACUGAACUUGAGAAAGAAAAAAAAAAAAAAACCUGGUUAAAACCACUUCCUAUAUUUGAGACUAGAGAAGAGAGUGGUAUGCACAAUUUCCUGGCUGAAGAACCCAGGCUAAUACUUAUACAGAGUAAGCACUGACUGCCCUAGAGGUUGACGGACCGGCAGGGAUGACAACCUGAGCGGACUCACGCUUCAUUCCCGUCUCCCGGUGCGAUGCCAACAAGAGGCUGAAGGGAAACCCGGCGUUCUGCAGAGCAGCACUUUCUCUUCCCAGCCCCAACAUCGGCAGGGGUCUCAGGGGCCAGGAGGAUGGAGCCAAGCUUGCUGAUGUGGAGGUUCUUCGUAUUCAUCGUGGUACCUGGCUGCGUGACAGAGGCUUGUCAUGAUGACCCUCCGAGUCUCAGAAACGCCAUGUUCAAGGUCUUCAGGUACAAGGUGGGCACCAUGAUAAACUGCGACUGCAAGACAGGCUUCCGCAGAGUGUCCGCCGUCAUGCGCUGCGUGGGGGACUCCAGCCACUCUGCCUGGGAAAACAGAUGCUUCUGCAACAGCACCUCCCCUGCUAAGAACCCAGUAAAACAAGUCACUCCUGCACCCGAAGAACAGAGGGAGAGAAAACCCACAGAUGCACAGAGCCAAAUGCAGCCUCCGGAGCAAGCUGACCUUCCAGGUCACUGCGAGGAACCGCCACCAUGGGAACAUGAACGUGAACCUUUAAAGAGAGUCUACCAUUUCACGCUGGGGCAGAUGGUUCAUUACCAGUGUGCCCAGGGAUUCAGGGCCCUACAGACCAGCCCUGCUGAAAGCACCUGCACGAUGAUCAACGGGGAGCUGAGGUGGACCAGGCCCAGGCUCAAGUGCAUACGUGAAGGGGAGCACGGUCAGGCUCCAGAUGACGCAGAGCCUCAGGAGAACACGGAAGCUCCCCCUGGGAGUGGAACUUUCUUAACAACCAGGAUGGCAGGGACCACAGAUUUCCAGAAGCCCACAGAUGAGAUUGCAACGCUGGAUACGUUCAUAUUUACCACUGAGUACCAGAUUGCAGUGGCCGGCUGCGCCCUCCUGCUCGCCAGCAUCCUCCUCCUGAGCUGCCUCACCUGGCAGCGGAAAUGGAAGAAGAACAGAAGGACAAUCUAGAAAACCAAGGCCAGAAGAAGUCAAGAACAGCCCACAGAUGUCAUGGACCACAAUCAAAAUCAAAGAAGCUAAACACUCAUCCAAGAGGCCUUUCCUGAUCCGGUGGGCUCUGGAAAGCUCUGAAGUCACAGAACAGAACACCGGGAAGCUGCAACCCCAUCGUGAAGCCAGCUCUGUAGUAUCAGCCCUUGAGGUGGACCUGCGUCUAGGCAGCAAGUCCAAGGUCGCUGGAGGAACGGGGAGAGACAACCAGAACUCUUGCUCCUGUUUCCAGGUAUAUGCGUUCACUAGACCACAAGUAGCAUGGAGCUCUCUCCACACCAUGUAGAGUAUAAAGAAGAGUAGUUUCAUGCUAAGAGCAUCCUGACUUCCCAGGUUAGAAAUCCCAAAGAAAGCCCUAGCACUGAUGUAAAUAGACACACAUGCUCUCUGCCCAGGUGAGUGGACUUUGUCCCUGGAUCCACAUAAGUCCUUUCCAAGCCUCUGGUUGACCAGCCCACUCUCCUGCUCAUAUACCCCCAAAGGAAUCCUUUUGACCUUAGCCCAGUCCUCGAAGCUAGCCCCCUCUACUGAACAUUCCAGUUUGAGUUUCUAAAGAACAGAUUCCCUGGGGGAGCGUCUUUGGGUGACCACAGAAGACAGCAAGCAAACCCAUGGAACUGUUGAGCUUCAGAGUUUGAAAGGAUUUCACUGGAGUUAAUGCCAGGAGAAGGGGGAGAAGCUGGGUCCCAGGUAGUGGGUUAUCCUUAACAUUUAGCUUCAGCUGUUUGUGACUGGCUGUUCUAAGAGCUUUUUCUCUGGGAUUGCUAUAAAUGAUGCUCUGCAUUUGGCUGCCACAAAUUCGAUGUUUACAGACAGACACACAGUGUGCAAAUGUGUACAUUUGCAAAGAGGUGUCAUAAAAACACUGAUAACGGAGCAGUACAUCCAAUGCUUAUGAGAGGAAAGAAAGAAAGAAGGAUGGGGGCAGGGGAGCGCAUGUAAUUAUGGACGAGGUCACAUCAAUGACCCUCACACUGUGAGCAAAUUAAAAUUGCCUGGAGAACUUGGUGAGACCUGGAAGCCUGGGCCCAUCUCCAAAGUUACCAAAGGGGAAGUGGGGAGGGAUAAAUUAGGAGUUUGGGAUUAACAUAUAAAUACUACUAUAUAGGAAAAUAGAUAAUUAACAAGGCCCUACUGUAUGGCACAGAGGACUCUACUCAAAAAUCUUAUCAUAACCUAUAAUGGAAGAGAAUGUACAAGAAGAACAUUUAUAUACAUAUACCUGAAACUAACAGAACAUUGUAAAUCAACUAUGUUUCAACAAAAAUUUUUUUAAAAAGAAAUGCAAAUCAAAACCACAGUGAGAUGGUUCUACCCAGUAAGACGACUUUAAGGAGGAAAGAAAAGAAAUAACAAAUGUUGACAAGAAUAUGGAGAAGUAGGAACCCUCAUACAUUGCUGGUGGGAAUGUAAAAUGGUGCCGCCACGGUGGUAGUAGUUUCUGAAAAAGUUAAACAUGGAAUGACCACAUGGCUCAGCAAUUCCACUCCUGGGUAUAUUACCCAGGGGUGAAGAAAACCCAUGUGCACACAGAAACUGGUAUAAGACUAUUUAUAACAGCAUCACAGCCAAACAGUCAAGAGACAGAAACAACCCAAACGCCCCCCAGUGGAUGAGUUGGUAAGCAAAGCGUAAUCCCUCCGCACACUGCAAUUCGGCCCAGGCACAGAAAGGAAUGAAGCCUUUAAGAAAGGUUGCCAUGUAGAUGAGCCUAAAGAACAUGAGGCUAAGUGGAGGAGGCCAGACAUAAAAUGUCACGUGCUGUGUGAUUCCCUUUGUACAAAAUGUCCAGAAGAGGCAGCUCCAAGGAGACUGAAGCAAACUACUGGUCACCAGGGCUGGCAUGAGUGGUUGCUUAAUGGGCACAGGGUAGUAAAUCUUCCCAGGUGACUCAGUGCUAAAGACCCCACCUGCCAACGCAGGACUGUAAGAGACUGUAGGGAAGAUGCGCUGGAGAAGGGAAUGGCUAUCCACCCCAGCAUUCUUGCCUGCAGAAUCUCCAUGGACAGAGGAGCCUGGUGGGCUACAUAGAGCAUGCGGACAUGACUGAGUGACUAAACAACCACAAAACAGCCCAAAGACAGGCAUGUCUCAGACCCUAUUUAAGAAAAAAUCUGAAGGGAAACCCAGAGAAAACCCAGGGAAAAUCAGGGGGAAAAAACAACUACACCACAGGCAGUUUCACCCUCUGACAUCCCAGGCAUUGUAAGGAUUAAACACAGCCUAAUUCCUACACCAACAUACAAAGCCUCACACCAAAGGCCUAUUUACCUCAGCUCCUGUUACCUGGGACAUCAUAUCCAGCUCUCAACAAAAAAGUACAAGCAUGCCAGGGAAUUCCCUGGUGGUUCAGUAGUUAAGACUCAAUGCUUUCACUGCCAAGGGCCCUGGUUCGAUCCCUCGUCAGGGAACUAAGAUCCCACAAGACAAGCAGUGGGGCAAAAAAAAAAAUAAAUAAUUACAAGGCAAGCUAAAAGGCAGAAAGUACAGUUUGAACAGACAGAGC